AUGACCGACACAAUCAGUGACGAUGUCCACCGGCGAUCCUCGCCUUUGCCUCCGGCUCCGAUGGAUGACUACGCCUUCCCUGAGCUUCGUCUGAAGCGCACAAUGGACGACCCCGAAAAGACCCCUCUUCUCCUGGUGGCCUGUGGCUCCUUCUCGCCCAUCACCUACUUGCACCUGCGCAUGUUCGAAAUGGCCGCCGAUUACGUCAAAUUCAGCACGGACUUUGAACUGGUCGGGGGUUACCUGUCCCCGGUGUCAGACGCCUAUCGUAAGGCCGGUCUGGCUAGCGCUGAGCAUCGUGUCGCUAUGUGCCAACUCGCCGUGGAUCAGACCUCCGACUGGCUGAUGGUUGAUACGUGGGAACCGAUGCAGAAGGAGUACCAGCCGACAGCCGUGGUGUUGGACCAUUUUGAUCAUGAGAUCAACACUGUACGACAGGGCAUCGAGGCCGGCAAUGGUACUCGCAAGCCCAUCCAGAUUGCUCUGCUGGCAGGCGCUGAUCUGGUUCAUACCAUGUCAACUCCUGGGGUAUGGAGCGAAAAGGAUCUCGACCACAUUCUUGGAAAAUACGGCACUUUCAUUGUGGAACGCACCGGAACCGACAUUGACGAAGCUCUCGCUGCCCUGCAAACAUGGAAGAAAAACAUCCAUGUCAUUCAACAACUUAUCCAAAAUGACGUCAGCAGCACCAAGAUCCGUCUAUUCCUGAGACGUGACAUGAGUGUACGAUACCUGAUUCCCGUCCCCGUGAUCCAUUACAUCGAACAACACAAUCUAUACAAGGACGAUAGCACGGCAUCAACCGACAAGGGCAAAGGCCGACAAGAACCCGGAUCUUCGGGGUGA